UCGUAAACCGGAUAACAAUCCGUUGAAUCAACCCAAAUUACGAACGCAUUUAACUCUCAUUACGAUCGGUAGUAAGGGCUUGAAGAGGACACCCAAACACAAUAAAUAAAGUGAUAAGAGAGAGAGAGAGUCACCGGACGAAGUUUGACCUGUUAUUCGUCUACCAGACCCAAACAAAUCGAGUUCUUCCUCUAUCAAAGCCGAAAGAUUAGUUAGCCGAGUGUUCUUCAAGCGUCGAAGACUAGAUAUGGCGUUCUCCGUGCUAAGAAGUGUAACAAGGUGCAGCAGAAGCAUUUUAAGAAAAAAAGAAGAGUGCAGAAAUGUGGUGAAUUUUGCCCGUCGAGUUACACCCAUCGCCAGCCACUACGCGACGGUUUCAGGCCGUGCCAAAGUACCAAAAAAGAAAGACAAUUUUGAUAUUUCAUCUGAAUCGCAGUCCGACAGCGAUUUGGAACCGCCCGGUCACAGAGGCGAGUCACAAUUCUGGCGCCAGAAGAUUCGAACCUUCCACGCCAUUUUAGACGUAAAUAAAGAUGGCGUCAUUUCGUAUGACGAUUUUAAAAUUUUGGGCGACAAAUUCAUCGAGUAUGGUCAUUUGAGCGACAAACACAAAGACGAAUUCAGAAAAUUGCUACAAAACUUAUGGGAAAAGAGAUUCGGUGCGAUUAACCCUUACAAUCUGGUCACAGUUGAACACUUCCUGGAAGAUAUGCACCACGUGAUAAAUGAUAAGAAGCUAGUGCGGAAAGCGCACUCUUUUCUGCCGUAUAUGUUCAGGGCGCUCGAUACGGAUAAUUCUGGAGUCAUCACUGUAGACGAGUUUCGGCUUUUUUAUCUUUGUAUUGGCGUAAGUUCUGUGUAUGCGGAUUUGUGUUUUCAGUUUAUGGAUGAGGACGACACCGCCACUAUAACGAUGAAGGAGUUUGUGAAAUUUGGAAGGGAUUUCUUCUUGAGCGAAGACGAAACUAAUCCGAGUAAAUAUUUCUUCGGGCCUUUGAUGGACCACUAGUUUAAGUUUUUGUGUUUGUAUCUGUAUUUUGUAUUAAGAAUAAAUGAUUUACUCUGA